AGUGACCGUCAGUGUACGAACAAGUGAGGCGGUGAGUGGUUGUGCGCGUAGUGCUCCUGACAAUACAUUUCCAAUCAUGAGGAAGAAGAGCCCAAAGAAGGAACAAAGCCCCAUGUCACAGAACUACAAGAUUGUAGUUGUAGGAGGCGGAGGUGUAGGGAAAUCCGCAAUCACCAUCCAGUUCAUACAGAGUUACUUCGCGACGGACUACGACCCGACCAUAGAGGAUUCCUACACAAAGCAGUGUGUCAUCGACGACCUGGUGGCCAAACUGGACAUUUUGGACACAGCUGGUCAAGAAGAGUUCAGUGCCAUGAGAGAGCAGUACAUGCGAUCUGGUGAAGGGUUUUUGCUAGUUUUCUCCGUCACAGACAGAAAUAGCUUUGAUGAAUUGCCUCGUUUCCACAAGCAAAUUCUCCGAGUGAAGGACCGUGACGAGUUCCCCAUGUUGAUGGUCGGCAAUAAGGCAGAUCUCGAGCACCAGAGAGUGACAAGCACAGAGGAGGCUCACACCCUUGCGCGCCAACUGAAGAUUCCAUACAUUGAAUGCUCGGCCAAAAAUCGUACUAAUGUAGACCAGUCAUUUUACGAGUUGGUGAGAAUAGUGCGGAAGUUCCAGGCUGCAGAACGCCCACCAGCUAAAAUGGCUGCAAAGAAGAAUAAAAAGAACUGUAUCAUUUUCUGAAGUUGUGUUUACAGAAUACUUGUUAAAUACUAAGGAUAAAUGUUAUUAUGCCAAAUGAUACUCUGUGUUAGCAUUGGUGAUUGUAAUGUAACAGCCAAGUAAGGAUUCAACAUAAAACCUUAUGUAGACAGUGAAAGCAUCAGUUAUUUGAAGAUUUUUAAUUUUUCAUAUUGUGUCUGGCAUUUAUCUAGUUUAAUCGCAUUGUUGCACCAAUGAACUUAAACAGGGUUUAUGAUUUUUUUAAGCGACUAUUAUUAUUUCCCUUCAAAUGGUGUCCCAACAUACAAAUGGUGUAGUAUUGCAUGUGAAACUUGAAUUCCUGAAAAAGUAAACUUUUGCAUUAGACAGUAGCACAGAACCAACAGAACAUGUCCUUAGAUAUGUGUUUGAGAUCAUCAGUACAGGGUUAGGUAGAAUGGAGCAAGAGACCUUCUGCCACUAAGGCUAGGGUAGUCAUUGCUGUAGUGUAGCUAGAACGUUAAUCUGCUGCAGUUAUUGCUAUUGAAGAGUGCCAAUAAUUUUGAAUUAUAAAGGGAUUUUUUCCCCCAUUGAUCAGCGACUCUUAGUUUACUUUUGUACAGUAGUUUUAUAAUUACUUGUUAUCUCUUCAGGCAUUGUAAUUAGAAAUUUGUAGCAGUAAUGUUCAUAAAUUGUUUUGAUGAAAAUUUUAGUCAUGUUGAGACAUAUUCCUUAAACACCUUUAGAUGCGGUUAGGAAUAUUAUAUACAAGAUUUAACAAAGAAGUGUUGAUAUGUGAUUCAGGUGUAUCAUAUAUGUAUUUUAUGUAAUUAUUAUUACUGUUUCAGUUGAAAUAUUCUUAAUAAAUGAAAAAAAAUUAUUGAAGUGUGCUUCCAUUACACAUGCAUUUCCCUAGGGCAUGCAUUUUCUUGUUACUGAUGGUCUGUUUCAUUUUGGAGCCUUUCUUGUACACAAUUUCAUGUAAAAUAGUGCUUCAUGAUAUUGCAUUUUUAUACUAUCUCCAUCAAAGUUUACAUUUGAGCCUUAACUUGUACAAAAUAAGUAUCAAGUCUUUAUGGAGAUUUUUCGCUCAUGUAAGCAGGAAGCACUUAGCAAGUAAAAGAAGUGAAAUGGCACGAAUGCCCACAAAAAUGGUGAUGAAAUCUAGAGAUUAUUACCCGGUAAUCUGUAAACAUUGUAUAUAGAACUAACAGCUUUUGAAAUUAAAUACUUUUAAGAAGAAAAGCACUGGAUCCAGUUUCAAAUGGCAAUCACUUCAGCAGUAUGACAGUAGAUAAAAUGAAUUAUUUUUUUGGUGAUUGCACAAAGCGAAAGGGAACAAAAACAGAAAAAUGUAUACUAUUAUUACUUUUCUUUCUUUUUUUUUCCUGUAGGAAGUAUAUAAAGGCAAAUUUAAAAUCUGGAGUAAUUUUGAAAAAGAAGCUUCAGUUUAUCUACUCAGGAAUACAUUACAAAGUUGAUCUUUCAAGGUAACUGGCAUUUAAGAAUAAAUGAUAACAUGUAAUUCUUGUUAUUACUAUGAUGACUAGUUUUUUUAUUAUUACUAUUAACUUUACUAUUAUGAUUCUUAUUUUUAUCUUUGUCAAUGUUAUUUUAUUAUUUCUAAAUGUACUUUAUAAGCCCAUAUGUAGAGUGGUAGAAGUUUCUUGUAGGAAAAUUUAGAAGAGGACUGUACAAGUGUUCUUUGGGGAAAUAAGGAGAUAAGACUCGGACAAGAAGUAAAUGUGUUUUUAUUUCAUUUAAAACUACAAAAGGUGGGAAUGAUUUCUAAAGAGUAUAUUACACGGUGCUUGGAGUUUUGAUCAUGCCUGUGUUUUUGUGUUUUGAGAAGAUUGAUGCAUAUUCCAUGUAGAUAGAUAGAGAUUCUUUUCUGAAAAUAGAAAUUAUGGACCUAAAGUAUUAAGUAAUUAUUUUUACAAUUCUGUGGAUGUGGAUUUGUGUUCCUACCAAUCGGGAAGUGUGAAAUUAUUUACUUAAAAGAUUUUAUCACAUUUGAAAAUUAUUAUUAUUAUUUUUUUUUUUUAUGUUCUAGCUAGAAUACAUUGGUUUUGUGGUUUUCUUUUUCAUGUUAAAUGUUUUGAAGCAUAAAAGAAAAUCUUUUGAUAUAAGUUUUGAUACAUAUAUAUAUAUAAAUAUAUAAAGGUCAAGACUUUAUACAACCUUUUUUCUAAAAAUGAAAACAGCAAAUCCAGUUUUUUGCACAAGCUUUCUUUAUGAAAUGUGCUGGGAAUAUUUUCUUCAGGUGUAUGUGUUGAGGAUUAAUGUCACUUUGAUAAUGUGUCAAUGUAUAUACCAAGUUGUGGAUGAUAGGUUGCAAUCUAUGCGUGUAUAUGACAGAUAAUACUGAAAAAGGAUAAUGCUGAAGAAGCCUUCACAAUUUAGAUCCAAAAAUUGAUGCUAUGAUGUAGGUUUAUUUGUUAUUUGAUUUUGAGACAAGUGCAUGAAGAGAUCCUUAAUCUGUAAAUAAUUACAGGAGGACAAAGUUUAAGCACAAACGCACUGAGAGAAGUUUUAAAAAAUGUUUCUAAUUUUUUUUAUUAUGAUUUAUUUUAUAAAAAGUAAUCAUAAAUGCUUUCACAGUGUAUACCUGAAUUACUUUAACUUUUAUGUUUUCAGAAUGUGCUGUGUCAGGAUUUUAUUUUAGUAAUUUUUGCCUAUCCAGACGGCAGUUUCACAAAGGCUGUAUUUCACCUCAUAGCCAAUUUUUUCCAAUAUAUCAACCUCAUGUGUUCAUUUUCUUAAGGCUUUUAACUUGUAAAUGAUGAUUAACAUUAUUUCCCACCUAAGGUUGCAUUUAUAUAAAAAGUAAAACUUUCCUUGGUAUAUAUAGUCAACAAAGUCAUAGAUUCAUUACCAAUACUUGAAGCAAUUAAAAUGUGUGAACAGAAAACAGAGGAAAGUUGAUACACAUCUUUAUACAUUUUCUAAGGAAACACUAUUCAUUGUGUAAUAUCUUGUUGCAAGAAGAGGAUAUUACUCAAUAAUUGCCUGACCAUUACUCUUUCUUCACUAAAAGGUGCAAUGAAUGGUACAAACCAAAGGAUCACACUCACUAUUAAAUAUAUUGAUGUCUUAUGCAACCAUUAAUGUAUGUGUGUUUGGACAAAUUAGUAAUUAAUGAAACCAGGGAAGGUGUGGGGGGUGGGAAGGGGUGUGUAUGUAUUGUAGAAAACUCAAGAAGAUCGAUGUUGAGGGAUUAACUAUUGCUCUCUUUAAAAGGUCUAUGCAAGUCCCUCUCGUAAUCUUUUAGAAUUUGUGGUUGUCUAAUCCAAAGUCUUCUUCCUUUGAGGAAAGCUUUUGUUAUUUUCAAUAUUCUUCUGUAUUAGCAUGGCUGGUAUUUUAAUGUGAGUACCCACUUAUUUUUAAAAAGUCCAUCAAAACUCUUCAUAGUAAGAUGGUACUAUGGUUACUAUUGGUUAGUUAGCUGUGGUCUUCAAAAGAUUCUAAACAUAUAAUUUAAGUUUCGCUGGUUCUCGUGCUUGAGCAUAGUUUUUGUUUAUUUUUUAUUCAUGUAUGAUAAAAAUUUUGUUGCACAAUUUUCCAAUGGGUAUGUGGGCAGCUUUAUUGCUAUGAAGACACAAUUUUUAUGUUAUGUGCUUCAGUCUAUGUACAUGAAGGCUGCUUGUUUUUUUUAUCAUUAAAGAUGACUGUAUAGAUUUUUCCUAAAUAGAAAUAAUCAUGAA